AUGUCUACUGUUAGAUGUUUGAUCAGUCUUCCUGCCUCUAGAAAUUGGGAUUUAUUUCAACUGGAUAUCAACACUGCCUUUCUUCAUGGCAGUCUUGAUGAGGAGGUGUAUAAGAAAGUUACUGAAGGCCUUUCAGCUCCACCUGGUCAUGUAUGUAAACUCAACAAAUCUCUAUAUGGCCUAAAGCAAGCCUCUAGACAGUGGUUUGCAAGACUUCUUAAUGAGCUGAAAUCUCAAGGGUAUAAUCAGUCAAAAAAUGAUUACUCAUUGUUUGUCAAAAGGGAUUCUACUGAUAUUACUAUUGUUGUUGUUUAUGUUGAUGACAUAAUCACCACAGGGUCCAAUGUUGCUACCAUUUCAGCUCUUAAGGAUCAUUUACAUCAAACAUUCAACAUUAAGGAUCUAGGUCUUCUACAUUUCUUUCUUGGUAUUGAAGUAAGUAAGAUUGGUGAUGGUUACAACCUCACUCAGAAAAAAUAUACCAAAGAGCUUCUUCUUGACUAUGAACUUGAUGUUACAAAACCUGUUGUCACUCCUUUUCCUCUCAAUCUCAAACUCACUACAGAAGGGGAUCCUUAUCCUAAUGUUGAGUAUUGGGCUGCUUGUCCAACAACAAGGAGAUCAAUCACUGGCUAUGUUCUACUUUUAGGCAACUCUCCAGUAAGAUGGAAAUCCAAGAAACAACCUACAAUUUCUAAAAGUUCUUCUGAGGCUGAAUACAGAGCUAUGUCUCAAGCUGCUGUAGAAGUAUGCACAAGUGCAAGUCAAGCUAACUGCGUGCAUACUACUGUUUCUAGAAGAAUCAAAGCUCAACCAACUCUCCUACAUUUCAGCAAUUCUGUUAGAGAAUCAGUUAGUCAUCCAGAAUGUAGUGAUUAG